CCACACUCAACACCGCGUUUGGCUCUCACACAGUUCCUCUCUCCCUCAACUUGUUUCCUACUUAACGCGUUUGCGUGACCCAAUCGCCGAUCGCGCUUUCUAUAAAGCGCGACUCACGCAAAACCAACUGAACUCUUUCUGUUUCUCUCUCAGCGACGCCAUGGACGAAGAGGUGCGCAAGAUCUUCAACAAGUUCGAUAAGAACGGCGACGGCAAGAUCUCGUGCACGGAGCUGAAGGAGAUGAUGGCGGCGUUGGGAUCCAAAACGACGUCGGAGGAGGUGAGGCGCAUGAUGGCGGAGCUUGACCAGAACGGCGACGGUUACAUUGAUCUGAAGGAGUUCGGCGAGUUCCAUUGCGCCGGCGGCGACAACAGAGAGCUCCGGGAAGCGUUUGAGAUGUACGAUCUGGACAAGAACGGGUUGAUUUCGGCGAAGGAACUGCACUCGGUGAUGCGGAGGUUGGGGGAGAAAUGCUCGCUGAGUGAUUGCCGGAGGAUGAUUGGAAACGUGGACGCCGACGGCGACGGCAACGUCAAUUUCGAAGAGUUCAAGAAGAUGAUGACUCGCUCGUAGGCUUAGAAGUUGCUAACUUUAAUUAUCAAUGCUGCAGUUUCUUCUUCACCAUCCUUGGUGAUUUCUCCAGGGUUUGUGCUGACAGGCGGCGGCAAUGUUUUCUUCAGCAUCUCUACCAUAUCAGUAAUCUCUUCAUCUGAAAAGCGCUUCUCACAAAGAUCUAUGAUCUGGGUAAGGAAAGUGAACAAACUGGUUUUAGUUUCGCAAGGUGGCUAUAGAAGAAUCAAUUAAACAAAAUACUUGAAAGCAUAUUAUUAGUCUUAUAGAUCCAAGUCUUACCCAGAAUGAGAGAGAUCGAGAUCAAGAAAUAAAGAUGCAAGUUUUUUAGCAGAAAAUUAGGAUUUAACAUAACACACUACACUAAUUUCUAGGCUUCAUAAUUCAUGCAUAGCUGCUUUUCAUGAACAAUCAACUCAAGCGUGCAAGACUUGCAAACCUAAUGACCCCAACCUCAUUAGCAUGGCCGCAAAAUACUAAAGGCCAAUGAGGCAGAUAUGCCUAAGUCCCUAGCCACUUAAUGCCCCCCCAAAAAUUUAUAUCUUAAAUAAAGUCCACUGAUUACAAAUUUUAAGUUUAUUAAUUGAUUAUUAACAUAAUAAUUACUAUUGAUUCCUAGUUUUAUAUCCGAGUUAUUUAUAUAUUUUUAAUAAUUUUAACCAUUGAUAGUCAGUGAUUAUUCAGUGAAAGCUCGAGAAUGAAAUAUCCUUUGAAUAUUGAUUUAUAGUUAGCAAAGUUUUGCCAGCCCCAUUAAAAGGUUAUGGAGGUAGCACAAUUAAAUAAACAGGAAAACAUCAAAGAUUGGAUCUUCUUGCAAAAUUCGUCCAUCAUGCUCACUAAUACAUAUUCAAAUAAGGCAUACACAUCUUUACCCCUGCAAGCAAAGAGGCUGUAUCCAAGAUUCACCCCCUCUAAUUCACUAACAGGUGAACAUACAAGCUAAUUUACUUUUGGAACGAAAGAAAGUAAAAGUUAAGUCUAAUUGUCUAAAUGCUUCCAACUGGAUAUCAAUUCAUCUCAGGGAUUCCCCAAACUUGUUGAUCCUACCAAUAACAGUUUCUUAUAUAUGUAUAUAUUAUUACUGCAUCAUUAUAUUUUGAUAAUAUCAGAGCAUAGUAAUUUGUUACUGCUGACAAGUAUACAACACACCUUAAGACCCAAUUCUUCAAAGCCUAAGACAAGUAACAAAGCAAAAAACAUAGCAGAGAAAGGGGUUACAGCUAAAAAAUGCAGAGCUAAAUCAACUUCAACUAAAUACCCAAGUGUAAAAAAUAAAAGGGGAAACCAUAAUUUUGAUACUUACCGGGAAUAAUUCAACAUCAGCAGCUGGCCUACUGUUUAGUAUGUUGAGAAACCUCUGCUUUUGCGAGGUCACGUUGUUUAACACUCGUCAAGAACCCGUUGAUAUUUUCUCUUGUUUGAACUGAGGCAGCAGUGUCAGCCUAAUAAUCAUAAACCUGUUAGAUAUGAAUUACACAAUUAUCGAACAAUAAAACUUAAAAAAGGUAUCACCAUCGAUUUGCAAAAACUGAAAUUAUCCAUAAAAAAAUGGAGUUAUCUAAUAUCUGAGCAGAAUAACAAAUAUAACCUUCUAUUCAGACUGUGACACAUUGGCAAUAACCCUUGUUGGAUCCUUCGAAGCUCCUUUAGCUCGUAGGAAAUCAAGGACCUCAAAAUUUGUGAGAGCACCAGCAUUAGCCUCCAAGCUAUUACAAAGCAAUUAAAAAUCAACCAUGCCAAAUACGAAGAGAAACGUUCAAUUGAAAUUAAUGUAUCAGUUUUGAAAAGAAAUAAAAAAGGUUGGAAACGUACAUUUUCAUUUGUAAGAUACAGAGAGUAAGAAAAAAGGCAGUAACUCCACAAAGAAAUUGUCUCCUUCGAUUCUGCAAUAAAGCCAAUACAUAAACAAACAAUAACUCAAAGUAAUAACUUAGUGUACAAUUGUGAAUAGGUUAAGAUGAAUGGCUAGGGUUUCUACUUCUUAUUUCUAAAUUCUAGGCUAAAACUGUGUUUGGAACCGCGAAAUGAAAUCGUUAGGCAACACGCGGAAAAUAUAUUGUUCUUCAGGAAACCGAAUUUCAGAUAAGAUGAAUUAGCAUGGAUU